CUCGCCUGCACCAUUGUUUCUUCUGUCAGAGGUGUAUCUGCGGCAGAUGCCGGUUCUGCACGAACGCGUCGUUCCGCUCGUCGUAAAAUCUGCGAUGUGUGUUUGAUUUUAUCCGGCGCGUACAGCAUAUGAUGAAAGAGGCGGCAGCGUGCGAUCAUCUGACGGUGAUUUAUCAGUAUGAAUGCCAUGAGCGGAAUCCUUAAGAGGAAGUUUGAGGAGGUGGAGGGAGCGUCACCCUGCUCCUCUCUGAGGGAGUCUGAGGAGGAGGAGAUCUCCAGCACUGAGAGCGGAGACAGCAGCGACAGCGUCAACCCGUCAGCCUCGCACUUCAGCCACUCUUCAUCAGCAUCGUCCUCUUCAUCAACGCACGCACUGCAGCGCACAGCGUCCUCGAUACUGAAGAGGGAGAAGCGGAUGAGGACGAGGAGGGUCCACUUCGAGAAGGUGACCGUGUAUUACUUCAGCCGGAGGCAGGGCUUCACCAGCGUGCCCAGUCAGGGUGGCAGCACGCUGGGCAUGUCCAGCAGACACAGCUGCGUGAGGCAGUACACGCUGGGAGAGUUCGCCAUGGAGCAGGAGAGAAUCCACAGAGACAUGCUCCGAGAUCACCUGAAAGAGGAGAAACUCAACUCCAUUCGGCUGCGGUUGACGAAGAACGGCUCGGUGGAGUCCGAGGAGGCCAACGCUCUCACGCUGGAUGACAUCUCUGACGAUGACCUGGAUAUUGAUAACACAGAGGUGGAUGAAUACUUUUUCCUUCAGCCGCUGACCACUAAGAAGCGGCGCGCUCUGCUGCGCUCAUCUGGCGUCAAGAAGAUCGAUGUGGAGGAGAAACAUGAGCUACGGGCCAUCCGGGUGUCCAGGGAAGACUGCGGCUGCGACUGCAGACUCUUCUGUGACCCAGAGACCUGCACAUGUAGCCUCGCUGGCAUCAAGUGUCAGGUGGACCGCAUGUCGUUCCCGUGCGGCUGCACGAAAGAGGGCUGCAGCAACGCAGCCGGCAGGAUCGAGUUCAACCCCAUCCGAGUUCGGACUCACUUCCUGCACACCAUCAUGAAGCUGGAACUCGAGAAGAGCCGCGAGCAGCAGCAGAACUCCGGCGUCGUCGCGCCGACCGGAAACGGUUUCCACGGCGACCCGAACGGUCACUGCAGCCCGCUGGCGACAGGCCAGCAUGCGCUGGAAUACGCGAUCCCGGACACGGUACCGCAGACCACCAUCAUGCAUCUCCAGGCCGGCGACGACAUGGACGACACUUUAGAGGAGGAGGAGGAGGAGGAGGAGGAAGAAGACGACGAGGAUGAGGAAGAUGACGAAGAGGACGAAGAUGACGAAGAAGAUGAGAACGAAGACGACGAGGACGAAAGCAGCAGUCUCUGCAGUCUGUCUGACUCCAGCACGCAGAGUUUAGCGAACAGCGACUCUGAGGAGGAAGACGACAAUGAGGACGAAGACAAGGCGGAAGAGUUCGACACAGGAUUGGCCAAUAGUGAAGUGGCUCCGCCCCCUUCCGUGAUGUGUUACUCUGAGAAUACGGUCGCAUCCGACAACCAAACCAACGGCAACUCCUACUACAUCAAUUCCACCGCGGAGUACUACCAAAUGGAAAACGCUACUCCGCCCACACUUUUAGCCUCCGCCAACCAAUCUAGUGAGCCCUACGUAGGAGACACGGCGUCUUAUCAAGACAGGGUUAAUGAAUCCAGUAGGGUCAUGUCUCAGGGUCCUUACAAUGUGACCACUGACCAGUACACGGACUACUCCCAGCAGCCCGAGCAGCCAUACGCCAAUCACCACUUGGCCGUGAUUGGCUGUUGCGCCUCAGAGCCGGAUAAAAGCGUCCAAUCCAAAGGGACCUUCCUCAGCCAAUCAGGAGAGCUGAGCCAGAUGGAAUUCCAAAACUAUCUGAACAACAAUACACAGGAUACGAGUUACAACGCCAACGGGAACUGUUACGUAGCUGAACAGCCAAAGGAGAUGUCUCACAAUCUGCCUGAAGUUUCGCUAGCGGACAACACGAAAGGACCUACUUUACUGGACGCUUUCGCUGAGCCCACUCCGGUUUAGAUUCAGAGAGCAGCGCGAGAGUAUAAAAGCAGCCUUCGAUUCUGCACAUCGACGUUUCGUUUUCCUGUUUAACGUUUGGCGGAUCCAAAAAUAUGUAUUUUUACUGAACUUUGCAAAGAACAAAAACGAUUUAAACUGCAAAAUCAGAGCGUAUAAGCUUUAGGUCGGAAAAACUCUACGCAAGUACGUUAACGCAAACGCUUCUAGCUACGCAAACUCGAUUUGAAUACGCAAUGGGUCUUAUUCACUGAUAAUAGAAUAUUUUGCAUUUUUGCAUACGUACAGGAAUAUUUCUUAUGAAAUGUGUCUAUGUGCGUUCUCAAACUCAACUGACUGUAGUAAUUUGCAUAAAACACACCUAUGCCAUUUCCAAGCUUAUUUUUCGCAAACAAUUAUCACUUUUAACCAGGGCCAUCCAUAACAAGGUGGUGAAAAUCCAUCUUAACAUGAUUAUAAUAUGAUUAAUUUAAUCUUAACGUGAUUAUAAUGCCACCAAUAAUUUUUUUCAUACGCAUGGUUUCAGUUGCUCUAGUUUUUUCCAUAUAUUUACAUACAAUUUUUGCACGAAACGUCUUGAUGUGUUCAUAUUCAUUUGCACACAUUUUUAAGCACAAAUUCAUGCGUACGAGCGCUUAGUAAUAAAUGAGACCCAUUGUUUUUAUUUUAAUCAACAUACAUUAGUAUGCUGCCCCCUUGAGGUUACCACUAGAGCAGGAACUUAAAGAGACAGUCCACUUAAAACUGAAACACUUUUAUUAUUUACUCACCCUUACGUCAUUCUGAACCCGUUUUAAGACGAUAAAAAUAAAUAAUUUGUCUAUACAUAAAGGUAAAUGGAGUCCAAUAUAGUCCAGCGCUGUUAACGCUAACUUCUUGUAUGUUGUGCAGAAGCAAAAAAAAAAAAGCUCGGAAAGACAUGAGGGUGAAUAAAAGACAGAAUUGUAAUUUUUGGGGUGAACUUCAGGUCCACGCUUGUAAAAUGUCGGCCGAGCGUUUACGUACUGGCGCAAAGUCUAUUACUGGCCUUAGGCUCGUGCAAUGUUUCUUGUAAUUUCAAAAGUUCUAGUUUUGAGCAGAAAUGUGGAUAGAACUUUUCUAUGUAUCUGUGUCAGUGGUGCAAAAAAGAAAACGAAAAAAAAAAAAAGAUUGUUGCUGUUAGUGUUCUGAAGUAAGUGUAUAUCUAAAUGUUUGAUAAAAGCAUGUUUUGUUUUGGGGUUUUUUUUAGCUUUCAUCGCUGGUUUAUGGUUUUGUAAGAGUUCGAUGUACUGUAAAAGAAAAUAAUACUGUUGCGUUUUCGUACACAUACUUCAUGCUUUAAAGAGUUGGUGAAAGCAUGAAAACGGCUCUUAAAAUGUGUGCUGUUCAUUUGCCUUUGCUUACAAAACCAAAACCGCAUUUAAGUUGUGAACACGAUACAUUUCCUCAACAUAAUUGCACUUUUCCAUUGGCUGAUAUUAUACAGAACCGCAACCAAUUGUUACCUGAACACUAAAGGGGGCGGGGCUAUCUGGUACCGUGCCAUGACUAAGGCUGCGUUUGGAAUGGAAUACUUGCUUACUACUUACUGCAUAAUAUAUUAUCCGUAUACUAAUCUGUAUACUACGGAAGCUCGUUUCCACCACAGGAUAAAAAAAAAAUAAUGCAUUUUUUAUAUUUUUUCUGCUUAUAAUUUUUGAUGAUGAUGCAAUGAUGAUUUUUCUGAAUUGCGAGACGUUGGGCAUCCCAUGUUUGAAUUCUCCUCCCAACGCACUUCCCGUCAACUCUAAACUAUCCUAUCACAGCAAAACGAAAACAAAAAAGUAAAAAUACGUAUUCGUAAAAAAACUGCGAGAUAAAUAUCCGACUCGCUUUCUCACAAUUGCUAGUUUACGUCUAGCAGCUGUUUUUAGUUUCCAACACAAAAUAAAAAAAAAAAAACUGAAUUCAAUUUAGAUUUUUCUAGCAAUUGCGAAAUGACGUCGUACAGUUCCAAGUUUAUAUCUUGCGAUUUUUUGCCAUUUUUCUCAGAAUUCUGAGACUGAAAAGUCUGAACUGUGAGAUAUAAAGUGAUAGUCACUCUUUUUAUUUUCUCAUCGCGUGGCAGAAACAAGCUCUUAUAGUAUACUGGCAACUGAUUUAAAAUAAAAAUUUUCAUAUAAAAAAAUCUUAUGAAACAUUUGGAUACAUAUAUGGACAUUUUUGGAUGCAGUAUGGUGUGCAUAUACAUACCGUGUGUAUAUAGUAGUAUGUUAGCGUGCUAUUCCGAACACAGCCCUAGAUUAUGUUUUUAUAACAUAUCUCCAAGUUUUUAAUGGAGACAUGAAGGAUGUUUUUUUUUGAUGACACUAACAAGAAAUAUAUAUCAUAUCUAUCUGCAUUUUUUUAAACGGCAGAUAGGAGACAGAAGGUAGUUAGAUGACAGAUUUAACUUUUUAGACCAGAUAAACCGUAAUGAAAAUGAUCAGACUCUCUGUCUUACGAAACUCUGAGAUACUGAAGUCUUGAAUUAUCUUUGGGAUUAUACAGGGAUUUCUGAUGAAACGCACUUUGAAAUGCAUCAAGUUACUGCGAACGAAGCGUUCCGUUUCCGUCAGGCGAAGAUGAUUUUUAAAAGUGUUUAAAUUAUGAAGUCUAGAAUACAAAUUAACUCAUAUUAGGUUCGUGCAAGGUGAUGCUUUACAUUUAUUGCAUAAAAGGUAUCGAAUGGAUGGAGGCCAGGAAAGCGAUUUUUCUCGAUUUAUAGUGAUAAAUAUUUUACGGCUAUUUAAUUGAAAAAAAAUCAGCUUUGACCGAAUAAAUCAUUCUGAAGAGUAAUUUGUGAAGUGCAAUAGUUUACAGUGUGAUAAUGCCACACGUGAAAGCUAAUGUUCGUUGAAAGGAGUGAUUUCCUCCCGUGUUAAAGGGAAAGUUCGCUCAGAAAGAAGCAUUCCGUCAUUAUUUACUCACCCUCAUCCAGGUCGUUCUGAACUCGUACGCUGUUGUUUUGUUCCCUAAAAAAAAAAAAGAGAGAACUUUUAGAAAGAUAUUCCUUCUACGACAUGAGGGUGUUUACGUAAUCACAGGAUAAUCGCUUUUGUGUGAAAUAUUACUUUGAAGCACUGACGAGUUGAGAUGAAGCCGUUUUUAACGCACAAACCUUAAUGAUGCAUCUGUCGGUUUGUUUAUCCUCUUGAUUAAAGAGAGCCAUUGUCCGAUGGAGAAUGUCCCUCAAUAAGCUCAAGACAGGACAAUCAAAUGCCUUUUAUGUCAUCAACAUUGUAGCGUGACCUCGUGGGGGCGGGAAUGAAAUAACCUGAUCUUUAAAGGUGAAGUGUGUCGUUUAAAACAUGCAUCCCAGCUUUGACAUUCAGAACCUUUGACCUCUAACCUUACGCGUUAAGCAAAUCUUUAUUCUACAAACGUGAAAUAUACCUCAAAAUGCUAUGCUUCGAGUGGUGCGCCAUUACCUCUCCGUACGGAAAAUCAUUUGUGACACAUAAUAUAAACAUGCAUUUCAUGAAUAUCAAAUCGUUUAAAUAGAUGCUUUAAAAUGUCAUAGAUUUUAAAUUACGACAAAUAUUGUGACAAAAGUCGUAAUUUUGACAUUACAAAAACAAAUGAGUCAAAAUUAUAAGAUUUAUGAGAUUAUGACUUUCAUCUCAUAAUUUUGAUUUUUUGUCACUUUCCCCUGUUGACGUAAUACUUUAUUUGUAAUUUUUUAAUUUUUGUCAAUUUUGUCUGUGAAUGUCAUCGUCAUAAUUGACUUUUUUAUCAUUUUCUGGCUUUUGAUGUCAUUAUUGCUUUUGUCAUAAAUUAAAUGUUUUGUAUUUACAUAACUCAUCAUUUCUAAAUUUUGUCACAAUUAUGACGUUAUGCUUCAGAAUUUUUGUCACUUUUUACUUUUAAAAUAUUUGAGACGUCAAUAUUCAACAAUUUCAUCAUUUUGAGCAUCCACCCAGAACCUAAAAUAAAACACUCACGGCUGCCAUUGGUGCAGAAAUGACAUACUUCGCCUUUAAAGAUAAAACAAGUAAAGAAAGAUGUGCUUUGAAAUGACUGAAAUACUGAAUGUUGCAAUGGUAAUUUGGGCAGCAGCAUUGGAUCACUGCCUUGGCUUAAGUAACCGAUGGAUUACUUAAAAGUGAAUGCCUUCAUUUUUUAAUUAUUUUUGCCAUUGUUUCAAAUUCUACAAAAGCAAAUUCACUCUGUGUUUUUGCCUUCUAGGAUUUAUUGUCUGGACAUUGGUCCAGAUUUGUCUUUACUUCACUUCUUGACUUACACACACAGUGCUGGUACAACAGACCUCAGUCUUUGAUGCAUUAUGGGAUAUGAAAGACAUGUGUACAGAUGUAAUGUCACUGAACCCUGUACUACAGCGGGACCGGAUGAACUGGCAGCAGACAGGAGUCGUCAUAUCAUGUUACCAGUUAGAAUCGCAGUUCUCGUUCUGUUUUCAGUAUUUCUUAUGAAUGAUCUAUUAUGAUGUGUAUUUAUUGUGCGUUCCUUAAACGGUAUGUAUUGAAUAAAAAUUCUCUUUGUUAAA